CUACUGACUUACUCCGAGUUGAUACACUUACACCUUGCUGAAUUACGCAUUGAUCGUACACUUACAGUCGACUUGCCAGCGGCUGCAUCAUAGGGUGCAUCCGACAGGUGCUUGCCCACUGUUAAUCCGAUCUCUGAUGGUGCUGCAGCUUUCACUGGCAGACAACGAACCCCAGCAUCCUCCGAGUCCUUCAGGCUUGCCCUUCCGUUUUGCCGACCAGUAUGGAUCGCAACACCCGCGGAAUCGAUUCUUCUCGGGACCAGCAGCUCUUGAACGAGUUUCGUCUGCGGUAUCAUCAGUAUGUGCGGAAUGUUGAAGAUAUCACGGUGACUUCGUCCGACCCUACUGUCAUUGCUCGUCUUGGCGAUGACAUUAUGCAAUUCAGCCAGCUUGUUGAACAGGUCCAUGGUGGUGGGCGUGGCCGACCAAGGCUUGUCAUCGACCCGACGUGGCUCCGCUGGGCAUAUGGCCACAAGUCUAUCGCGGAUAUAGCGCGUUUUUUAAACAUACACCGAUCUACUGUACGAGCUGCUCUCAUUGAGUAUGGCAUCAGCGAGUGCCGGUCUGAUCCAUUCGCUGGACGCGAAGGUGAACCGAGCUACGACGAUGGCAGGAGCAGUAUGGAAGAGGUGGAGAACAACCCAGGCGAUGGCACACAUGAUGGAUAUGCUUCCGAAUCUUCGGAUGAGCAUAACCAGGACUCCGAGACCAGUGACGACGACCUUGACACCGCUGUCCGGGAGCUCCGGGUACAUUACCGCCGCGCCGGGGCUACCAUGAUGGUUGGCUUUUUGCGGGGGACUCUGGGCAUCCAUGUCUCGAAAGCGCGGGUGAGGCAAUCCCUGCUUCGAAUCGACCCUGUGCGGCGCGUGUUCGAUCGCAUCCGCAUUGAACGCCGCAAGUACCAGGUAGCUGGUCCGAACGCUCUCUGGCACCAUGACGGCCAACAUGGUAUGAGCAUCCACAAUGUUCGAAUCGAGCGCCUAUGGGUCGAUGUCACAGCGCAAGUAACAUCAAAAUGGGCCGACUUCUUCACGGACCUCGAGCUCCGCCAUGGGCUGAACAUCAACAACAUCGACCACAUUCACCUCCUGCACUAUCUCUUCCUACCCCUGAUCAACACAGAACUGCUGUAUUUCGUCUCAGGCUGGAACCACCACACUAUUUCUGGUGUAAAUCGUACACCUUCCGAUAUGUUCGGUUGGGACAUGUAUGUCCACGGUAUCCGUGGUGGCCAACUUCCUCCACAUCAGCAGCUGUUGACAGACGAAGAACUCGAGUAUUAUGGGGUCGACUUCGAGGGUCUCGGAGAGGAUGCCCUAUUGGGCUCUCGCGAGGCGAACAACUCAGAAGACGAAGGUGUCUCAUCAUUUCUAGGCCGCAUACCACCUGCCGAGCGCCUUAACACCAUCACAGUUGAGACUGGCGACACGAACUGGCCAGAGGAGCUGAUUCAGGGUUUGCAGGGCCUGCAGUAUGCAGUGCAAGGCCGUGCAGACGAUGAGUCCCUGACUGGAUUAUGGACAGCUUCUCUCGUACUCAUGUGUACUUACUUUGGUGAUGUUAUGACGAAUUGA